GACGACUCUCAAGUCUCAAGUCGUCUUGGUGCUCAUCGGCGGCGAGCAAAAGCGAGCUUGGUGGCCAUGGCGAGCUUGGUGUUCGAGCCCCACGGCGGCGCGGCGGUGGUGGUGGCCGGAGUCGGCGGCGGCGACGUGGUGUUCUGCGUCGUCAUCCUCUGCCUGUCCGUGCUGUCCAUGAUCAUCUUCGCCGCGGCCUCCCCCGGCGGGGAGCGGCGGCGGCGGCGGCGCUCCUCCUCCGGACCGGUGUUCGUCGGUGGCAGGGGCUGCGGCUGCGGCGGCCGCAGCUCCGGCGCCUGCGUCUGCGGCACCUACCUCUCCUGAUCAUCGCCGUCGACGUACGGCGUCGAGCCAGCUAAAGCUAGCUGCGGCGAUCGCUCGCCGCCGGCGAACUGUACAUGGAGCUUCGCGGCGGCGGCUUUGCUCUGAAAAUCCGUACGGCUAGCUAAUUUUCUUCCUUUUUUUUUCUUCAAAAAAAAUGAGAGAAUAAUUACUGCUCCUACUCUGCUUGUACCUAGUACUACAAUUACUACACGGCAUGAGGAACAAAUUACUAACUGUAAUGAGAUGGAGUUACUGUAAAUUGUAAUUAAGUCUAAUAAUAAUCAUCAUCAUCUUUGGAUUCUCA